AUGUACUGCAAGGGAAACAUAAUUCAACAGGAUGAAGAGCCAGCAUCGUACUGGGGCGAUCUGCCAUUUCCAAUCCUGGACACAGUGAAAUUGAUACUGGAAAGGACAGUGGACAACACAGACGAAGUGUCCAAGACAGCACGGCUUGUGAACAAACACUGGAAGGCAUGGGCCACAGGUAGCCUCGCACUUCUGAGGAUCCAAGGAGAUGAGCCCAUGCAGUACCUUUCCACUGUCAUCAAUGAGGCAUUUCCAAUGGUGCAGGGACUGAGCUUUGAAAACUACCGGGGAAACGUCACGGCCCUGGACACCUUGUGCAACUUGCGGUACUUGGAUUUUGGUGGCUACCCCCUCCGGGAUAGACAUUUGGAAAACGUGGGAGAGUUGACAGGUCUGACGCGUCUAGACAUGUCCGAGCGCGAAGGAUCCGUGGAUCCCCAUUUCUACCAUCUGUACAGCGUCACGAACAAUGGUCUUCAGCACGUUGCAAAGUUGAGAACGCUCAGGCACUUGGGUAUGUGCCAUUUCAAACAGAUAUCCGACGAAGUCCUGGCGUCUUUGGCGAGUUUGGUUGAGCUCCAGUACUUGGACAUUUCUCAUUGCACGAGCAUCACAGACGCUGGGCUCGAGCACGUGACGGCGCUUGCCAAACUCACGCACCUGGCGCUGUUGGGGUGCCCUCACGUGUCUGAUGUCGGCUUGGGUCACAUAGGAAAACUGUCCAAGCUCACACACUUGGAUUUGCGGCAUUGUGCACAAAUCUCUGAUUCUGGCUUGGGCGGGGUGGGAUGUUUGACGCAUUUGAAAUGCUUGAGGCUCUCUAACUGUGUCUUGAUUACCAGCAGAGCCUUGACGCAUGUGCGGGAACUCGUGGGUAUGACCACGCUUGACUUGAGUUCAUGUAGAAAUAUUUCCGAUCUCGGCCUGAAGGACAUCGGGAGUUUGAUUGAGCUUUCCAGUUUGGAUUUGCAGUCAUGCUGCGAAGUUUCUGAUGAAGGCUUGGAAAAUUUAGCGAAAUUGUCUGCUCUCACUCACCUGAAUAUUUUGGGUUGCACACGUGUCUCUGAUGUCGGACUGGCCAUUGCCCGGAGGCUGACGAAGUUGCAGUGCUUGAAGAUGUCCCAUUGCCCCCAAGCCACGGAUUCGGGAUUGGAGCACUUGAGAGACUUGCGGUCCUUGACAUGGCUGGAGUUCAGCUCUUGUGAAAAUAUCUCUGAUAGGGGGCUGAGCUACAUUGCACAGUCGACUGCGCUUACCCAUUUGGAUAUUAGCUCAUCUCCAGGAAUGUCCGAUGUGGGCUUGAAACACUUGAGCAAGCUGACUCGCCUAACCCACUUGAACAUAGCGAGCUGCGGGGGCAUCACAGACGCUGGAUUGAAGUGUGUGAGACAUUUUCAUGGCUUGCAGCACCUGGAUUUGCGCAACCUUGACAGAAUCACAGACAGGGGAUUGGCGGGUCUGGCGCACCUGAAAUUGACUCCACAACAGUUGAAGUUACACUAUUGCCAGAACAUUACCCAUGGUGGUGUGCGGCGAUUUUGGGCGUGCCGCGGUGUUGGUCACGAUAUGUCCAAGGCGCCAUCGUAUCGUAGGCAUCGAUUUUGA